GUGUGACGGUUUUGUGGGUAUUGUACAUUCUCUUUAGAGCCUUCGUUUUGGCUCCGAGUCUGACAACAACAUUCAAUUUUCUUGUUUGUUCGACCAACCGCAAAGUAUCGCAAUGUCUGCAUCCGAACUUCUACGUCAAUCGAUGCAAAAUCUAAGGGUUGUUGAAACGAAGUCAACCCUACCUCCCCUUGCGCCCUUCAGAUUUACGGCUCGCCCACACAAGCUCAAGCUUUCCUACCCGCCCAGACAACGUUACAAACAAAACUACGGUUUUUGGCUUAGCGACGAGUGGCUCGCUGAACUCGGAAAGAACAUCCGCCUUCCUGAGGAUCCUUACGAUCCUCCCACUCAAAAAGAUUUCUGGAAGAGGGGCUUCGCACACAUCUGUGGAUCCGUCGACAUCGACCCUCUGACAAUCGAAAAUUGUUUUCAGCCCGAGACAAAUGGCGCGCCUACUGAGUACUUGGACGUCGAUGGAGAGGUGGUUGUCUUAUCUGUGUGCUCUGAUGAUGAGGACGAAAUCCCAAUCAUCCCUUGGCAGGAGCAGGUAGAUUAUUUGGCGAAUAUCCUGGGUAGACCGCCGCAGUGGUGGGUUAAUAUCUACCCGCGUAAUGAUUGGGAGUGAGCGUAGAAAUAUUUUGAUACUGAAUGUCCGUCAUUGAGUAUUUAAUCUGUGCAUCGCAUAAUCAACUAUCAC